CAUUUUCAGUAACAACGACAAAACACGAUCAACAUGUUCGCCCGGCCAAGAGAAAAGAAGGGUCUCCCUCUACCUCCGAGCAAGAAACGGAAAACUACACAUGCAAUCGAGCAGAUCAGCUUCGACGACAGUGCUCGCGUCGAGUAUCUUACAGGGUUCCGCAAGCGCAAGCUCGCACGAAUCAAGCAGGCGCAGGAGAUUGCGGCAGAGAAGGAGAGGCAGGAGAGAAUCGACUUGCGCAAACAGGUGAGGGACGAGCGAAAGCAAGCACUGGAAGAACAUGUCAACGCAGUCAACAAAUUCCUCAGAGAAGCCCAGGGAGCCGGCACAGGAGAUAUAGAAGCCGAAACCGGUUCUGGCGAAGAGGAGUGGGAUGGCAUUCACGACGAGGCAGAGGCACGGCCGGUCGAUCUCGAGGAGGAAUAUAUCGAUGAGGACCGGUACACGACCGUCACGAUAGAGUCUGUCACAGUCGACAGGGAAGGCCUCCACAAGCCGGAGAUGGAGGACCAGCAGGAAAAGGAGGACGACGAGGGAGAUGAGGGAGGCGGCAAUAAGACGACAACGGAGGCCACUGAAAGCGAAUCAAGUAAACCACAGAAACAACGGCCAAAGAAGAAGAAGAAGGAUUUCCGUUACGAAACCAAGUUUGAGAGAAAACUCACGGCCAGGAAGCAGAAGGCGAAAUCGAAGAGGCAUGCCCCUUGAGAGGUGGUAGUGGUAUCAAAAGAUCUAGGGGGGUCAAUUCCUAGCAAAAUAGCAACCACUACUCGUGUGUUACAAACAGGUGCUUCUGUCGUGGGAUCAACCUCCGCUCAUUCUUCCCCCUUCCCUUCAACCAUGACCG